AUGCCUAAAAGAGCAGACUUUGGUGAUGUGGAACUAAGGAUAUUGGUUAUCGGGAGCAGUGGUCCAUCUCAGUUCCUUCUCACCAACUUCAUUUUGGGAAGAGAGGAGUUCUCUGAGGAAGUCUGUAGCAUUGCGAGCAGCCAGAAAAAUGUGGGCGAGAUAGUAGGAAGACGGGUCGCAGUAGUCAACGGACCGAACCUGUAUGACAAAGGCAUGUCAAAGUCCAAGAUGAGGAAAGAGCUGAAAAAAUCGAUGUGCUUGUCAACUCCUGGACCUCAUGCCAUACUCAUCACAUUCGACCUGGAGAAGAUCUGCCCCAACGAUAUGAAGACUCCCAAGCUGGUUAAGGAUAAAUUUGGAGAGAAUGUCUUGAAUUACACAAUGAUUCUCUUGGUUUACGACGGGCAUCUGAGAGACAGAGCGCUUAAUGAUAAGGUCAUGAGAACCGACUGGCAUCUGAGGGAGCUCGUGGAGCAAUGCAACUGCCGCUAUCACGUCUUCAGUAAGAACUGGAGGAACCGCAGCGGGAGCCGGGAGCUCCUACAUAAGAUCGAGCGGAUGCUGCAGACUAUGGGUGGACACCAUUAUGUUAACAGAUCUUACAAGAGGGCAGAGGAAAGCGUCAGAAAUGAGGAGAGAAAGCUAAGCAAGAAGAGACGGUCAGAGACUGAGCGGACGUGCCGGGAACUGGAGGAGCAGUUUCAGGGGGAUGAGCUAUGCUGGCAGAUGGAUGCCGUCAAUGCGAGGGUGGGGGCAGAAAUCAGGGCCGAGGCCGAGCUGCAGAAUAGCUGGCUCAGGACUUCACUGGCUGUGGGAUUGGGACUGGGGUUUGUGGCUGGAGCCGCCAUGGGAAUGAUCGUGUGCUCUGUGGAAGGGCCAGCAGGAAUGGUGGUGGGAGGGGCUGUGGGUGGUGUCAUGGGCGGGGCUUCAGGUGCUGCUGCACAGCUGGCCAUUGAACACAUGGAUGACAGAGUGGGAUCACAUUCAGCCAGUUUUAAUACAGUUUUUGUAAACCGCUUCUAUCGGGCACCUCCAGUCUGA